AUGGAUCCUUUCUCAACAGAGGGCGAGCUCCUCAACAUUCACAAUGCCUUUCACUCCGGCCAAUACCAGAACGUGAUCGACUUCGACACUACCGCCCUCUCCGCCGAGAACCAGCUCCCCGCUCGUGUACUAAAGCUUCGUGCCCAGAUCGCCCUGGGCCAAUUAGUUGAUGCCCUCGACGUUGAGGAGGAGACUCCCGAUCUUGCCGCAGUUAAGGCCCUGGCCAAGCAGUGCGCUGGCGACACCGAUGCCGCCCUCCAGCUCGCCCAGGAUCUCGCCGAGAACUACCCGGAGAACAACACGGUGCAAGCACUUGCCGGUACAGUCUUACAAGCACAAGGGUACAGUGAGGAGGCGCUCGCCCUGCUCUCCAAGCAUCAGGGUAACCUGGAGGCGGUUGCGUUGAUUGUCCAGAUUCAUCUCCAACAGAAUCGCACCGAUCUUGCCCUGAAGGAGGUUCAGGCUGCGAAGCGCUGGGCUCAGGACUCUCUGCUGGUUAACCUGGCCGAGUCCUGGGUUGGCUUGCGAGUGGGUGGUGAGAAGUAUCAAUCCGCUUUCUACGUCUAUGAAGAACUCGCGUCUGCUCCUAGCACAUCCGCGGCGCUCUCCAUUGUCGGCCAGGCCGUAGCCGAGCUUCACCUUGGCCGUCUUCCCGAAGCAGAGGCUGCGCUUACUGCUGCCCUGCAGCAGUAUCCCGAAGACGCCCAAGUUAUUGCCAACACGAUUGUCUUGAAUGUGCUGGCCGGCAAGCCUAGUGCAGACCUCGAAAACCGACUUAGUGAGAUUCAAUCUUCUCAUCCACUGCUUAUUGAUGUCAAAGAAAAGAGUGACCUAUUUGACACUGCGGCUGCCAAGUAUUCACCAAAGGUUGCUUCUUAG